AUGGGAAGUCCUCAACAGCAAUAUUACCGGUCAACUCAAUAUCUGCCUCAGUACAUUGCUCCAAAUUAUACCAACUAUAACUAUCCUCCAGCUCCACCUCCAGGAAAUCAGACAUCGGUACCUUCUGUUUCUGGUCAACGUGUAGCUAAGGUCAGUCCUCAAAAGACACCUCAAGGAGACUUGAAUAGCCUCGAAAAGACUGAACAACCUCGCUUGGGUGCAACAAAAAUUGACCAACUCAUGCUUGUUAUACAAGCAAGGGAUGAAGCAAAUAAAGAUAUAAAGAUCCACACCAAUGAAGAUGGCAAUAUAAUAGGAGAAGUGAAACCACAACACCUUGUGGGUGGGGUUGAAAAGAAUAAACUUAUUCCUGAGGCGUCAGGUAGUUCGGAUGAUGGAACAGACGCCACCCAUGAGCGUAAAAAGCAUCACCGAAAGCUUCCUCAGUGUCCCUAUUGUGAAAAGUUCUUUGCCCAAUCAACACAACUCGAAGUGCACAUUCGUUCACACAUUGGACUUAAACCAUUCGAGUGUACGUACUGUCACAAGAGAUUCACCCAAGGGGGCAAUUUGACGACCCAUCUUCGUCUUCACACAGGCGAGAAACCGUUUGCUUGUGAAGUCUGCCACAAAUCUUUCAGUAGAAAGGGGAAUUUGGCAGCUCACAAGUUGACCCAUGAGAAACUCAAACCUUUUGACUGUAAAUUGGAUGGUUGUGAUAAAGCUUUCACCCAAUUGGGAAACUUGAAAUCACACCAAAACAAGUUCCAUCUUAAUACGCUUAAUUCAUUGACCAUGAAAUUAGCUGAGCUCAGUUCGGCUCAAAUUGCUAACUUACCAUCCCAUGAGAAAGAAUUACUCGACUACUUCAAGAACUUGUACAAAAAUAGUAAUAAGGGAAUCAAAGGGCGGGGGAAACGAGAAACUGGCCUUCAUGAUAGCUCGGACCUUGGGGCUGGUCCCACGGGUUCCGAAUCAUCUACAUCCUUCAGAGCCAGCAAUUACGACCAAUUUGUAUAG